CUUAUGUUCAAAUAUAUGCAAGUCAAAAGGAUAUCUCAAUGCCUACAGAUGGAAAUGCUAUACUCUCCAUAUAAACUGAGAAGAAGAAGAAAAAAUACAGAUGGAAAUUAAAUAAUAAUACUGAAUAUUGUUGUAUGUUUUGUUCACCAGAGGGUGUUUCAGUUCCGUCUGUCUUGGUGGUGGUCAAUUUUCUGUAUUAGCUGCAUUGGGCAUGCCUUGGAUCAGAAGAUCCUAUCUUCGAAGCGACGAAAUGGGAACCUUAGGAAAAUUAAAAAAUGGUGUAUUGGAAUAUAUGGAAAAGCUCAAAGAUCCUUAUAUAGUAUCGAACUUUCAAAAUUUCUUCGGUGUUUAUAGGAUCGAUGUCAAGAGAAAUGGCUAUGAUUCCAAAGGCAAUAGUUCAGGAAGUCAUCAUUUAUUAAAUAAACGGAAAGUUAAAACAAAAUUAAAUGGCAAUUUUAAUAUUUGCACUGAAAAUUUUGAAGAAGAAGUUAUCCAAAAUAAUAAUUCAUGUAAUUCAGAUGAUGCUGAAGUAUCUGACAUCGAACCUGAAAGUAGGCCAUAUAGAAUUGAUAAUAAAUUUUGGUAUUGUAUCUUCAGUAUUAGUGCCAGCCUUGGUUAUGAGAAAUUUUAUUGGGGUUUUUUUCCAUUCUGGUUCUGGAACAUUGAUGGUGCAGUUGGAAGAAGAGUUGUACUUGUUUGGGUUAUUGUCAUGUACGUUGGACAAGCGUUAAAAGAUGUAAUAAGAUGGUUGCGGCCGUCUUCCCCUCCAGUGGUUCAUUUGGAACCAGAAUAUGUUAAAGAAUAUGGUAUGCCUUCUACACAUGCGAUGCUAGCAGCAGCCGUGCCAUUUUCACUUCUCAUAUUUACUAUGCAUAGAUAUGAGUAUCAGUUUGCCGUAGGACUCUUCAUUUGUUCAGUUUGCUGUCUUCUAGUAUGCAUUAGUCGUCUUUACAUGGGAAUGCAUACAGUUUUGGAUAUAAUUGGUGGUUUGGUUCUAGUAUCAUUACUGAUGAUUAUUGUUGUUCCACUGGUGGAUUACAUUGAUCACUUCCAAUUGACAUGCGUUUAUUCACCAUUAGUUAUUCUCAGUGCUUCAGUUGCAAUGGCUAUACUUUAUCCUAAAUCAGAUAGACGAUCACCAGCUCGAGGUGAUACAACAAUAAUUCUUGGAACUGGAGCUGGUAUUUAUUUAGGUGCAUGGUUGAAUUUUCAACUUGGAAUUAUUCGUGGACCAGGAUUGCCACCUCCCUACCAAAUAAUUUGGCCAGAUUAUACUUUAGUAGGAUUGGCCUUAUUACGUGCUUCAAUAGGAAUUUUGUGUGUUGUUGCUUCAAGAGCGUUCUUCAAAAGUUUAUCUUAUGCUAUUGUGUGUUAUAUACUUCGACUAGAUCCAAAUGCUCUAGAAACAAAACAGAAAACUGUAGUUGAAAUGUCAUACAAAUUUAUAACAUAUACAACAAUAGGAAUAAUGAUAACUUAUAUUUCACCUAUUGUCUUUAGAUUUCUUAAUAUUGAAAGAAUUACUAUGUUCACAGAAGUAUAAUUAUUUUACUUAAUUAAUUUCAUUAAAUAAUGAUAUGUUUUUGAAAAUGGGAUCUCAAAAUUUCAGUAUUGUCAAUUAUAAAAAUUAUCAAUAAUAAUAAUAAUAAUAUAAUGAUAAUUCCUAGUAUAAUUGUUAUUUUUGAUAAAUGUUUUGUUAAAGCUAUUGUUAUGUGUAUCGUUUUAUAAUAUAAGGGACCAUAAACAACAUUGUAAAAUAUUCAUAAUAAACUAUAAAAGUAAUGAAUCUUUUGUAAAAUACCAUACAGUAGUUUUACAAAUUUUCUUCUAGAAUUUUUGUUUCCACUUGAUAAAAUAAAAAUUAUUUAAUAAUGUUAAAGAUUUUCAUUUAAAAAUUCAUAUAAUUAUAUUUUUAUAUAUAAUUAUUUUAAUCUUCAUUAAUAUUUUCAUUUUAUAUUUAAUAAACAUGUGCAUUAGAAAACACAAGAAUAAUUUCCUUGUUAAAUUAGGAUAAGACAAUGAGAUAAUGAAAUGUAGAAAAAAUAAAAAGAGAGAGAGAGAGCUUAGUAUAUCUUAAUUUAAUUUUUUAUAUUCUAAGGAAAAAUUCACAAAUCUUCCUGUUUAAAAAUUUUAUCGUUUUUUAAAAAGGAAAAGUAUUUGACUACAAGAUAAAAUUCUAGUAAAAAGUUAUAAAAUAACAAUGCUAACACACAUCACUGUACUUUUUAACUUCCUUGAAUAUUCAUAGAAUUCAGAAUGGUUAUAGUAAUUAUGGCAAAUAGUAAUAUUUAGAGUUGUUAAAUCCAUAAAUUUUAAAUUUAUAUAGGUAUCAGUUUGAAAAACAUAUUUUUUUUAAAGCUUUAUCUGUAAUUUAGAGAACAGUUUCAUUCGUUAUAAAUAGAUCAUCUGCUUGUAGGUGAAAGAAACAUUUUAUUUAAAAUUUUAUUAUUUUUGAAGUUUUAAUUAUUACAUUUAUUGCAAAAGUUUGAUUUUUUUAAGUUAAAAAUCUAAUUUAUUUGUAAUAAUAUAUAGCAUAAAGUAGCAUGGAAUUUUAUAGUCAUUAUUGAGUUCACAAAUUUUAUAUUUCAAGUAAUCAUUACUUUUUUAAAAUAUUAAUAGUGAAUGGCACAUUAUCAAAUUUUCUCAACAUGCUAGAACAAGUAUUUAUAAACACCAUUGCUAAAAUGUAAAAUUUGUAAAGCAAGAUAAAUUUUUCUAUAAAAUAACCAAAUAUUGAUAUGAAACUAUAAAUUUUGGAUAUUAAAUGUACAAUUAAUCUAAUCAGCUAAAUAUGUCAAUUGUUGCAAGCACAUUAUAUACAAAUAACUUGCUUCAUGGACACACAGUAUCUAUUUCAGACCAUCAGUCUGGCUUAUACUAAUUGACUUUACAGAUAGUUGAUUUCUGAUGAGACCUGUAACUGCAAGCAUGAAAAGCUUUUCAAAACAAAGCUGUAGCAGUUUAUUUUAAGUUUAUUGAUUCAUACUGAAACAAAAUAUUUUAAUUAUGCAUGGAAAUAAAUAUUAGUAAUAUAAAAAAAAAUACUAUUUAACUGCAAAAACACCAGAUUUAACAAAACUUUCUUCUGUUUUGUGUGGAUUUCUUCCUUUUUGACACUUUUUCCUCUUUUUCGGCUGGUAACUAUGGGAGCAUCAACUUCAUUUGUCUCUGCUAUCAAUUUCUUCUUUCCUUGAGUUCUCUUCUUCUGGCCCUUCUUUGGAUUGAUGCAACUUCCCACUCCCUUCCUCCUUCUUUUUGAUUUUCCAACACUUCAUCUCAUGCACUUCUUUAGGAAAAUAUUAUUCUAAAGAAGAGUGCAAGAUGAAGUGUGUUGUAAUAAAAUAAAAUAAUAAUAAUCAAAUCUAUUUCAUUUUUCUAAAUUUUGUGGAUAUGCAUUAAAGAAUAAAUAGCAAAUGUGUUAAUACUGUUCAAUAUAUAUAUUUUUUAAAUAUUAAUGGCAUUGACAGUUAAUAAAACUUAAAAUAAUAAUAUAGAACAUUUAUAAGUAGGACUAUGUUGACUUUGUAGAAUAUAUAAAGAUUAUAUACAAUAUUUAAAACAAUAAAGUUUAUGAACAAAAAAAAAAGCAAUGACAAACAGCUUAAUACAAGGGUUAUAUUUUAGAGAGGUUUAUCUGAGGGAUAAUUAUUGCUGGUUGAAAUUUAAAAAUUGUGACAAAUUUUGACUACAUUUAUUGAUAAAAAAAAAACUUUGAUUUUCAUCAGAUGUUUUUAUUCAGAAUCAAAUAUUAAUUAUAGCAGAUAAAAAAAUAAGAAAUUGAAUUAUAAGUUAUAAUAUUUUUAUAAAUUUGAAAUUAUACUAUAGUUAAAAGAAAUUUUAAAUUAAAAGCAACAUUACAUUUAAUGAAGAUUAAAGUAAUUAUCAUUAACUUAGUCAAUCUGAAACUUCUCAAUAAAUACAUAACUUUAAAAAUUCUUUGAAAUUCAUAUCUAAAAGGAUUUUUAAUAUUUUGGUCAAAUAUUAGUACACUCAAUCAUUUGUUUCAGCCAUGUUUUUUAUUUACUGUACUUAUUUUGUUCAUUUUGAAUGUUUUAAAAAUAUCUGAUUUAACCCUUUUUUUUGUUCUGUUUAUUUAACAUAUCAAAUAGAACUCAU